ACAAUAAAAAACAUUGAACAUUUGCAUGGAGCUCGCAUUUAAACUCACAUAACAAUGAUUUAUUAGACGCUGAGCUGUUUAUAAGUUACGCUGGACCCGUUUGGUGCUCUCAAACAUUUUGUUUAGUACGUCCGUAAACUCUUAAAGCCGACAAAUGUCGCUAAGUUUAGAAAGCAUAUUUCACGAGCGCGAUCCUGUGGCCGAGCAAUUGCCACUACUCGGCUCACCUGUGCCAAUCAUUGCGCUAACAUUGGCCUACCUCGCCAUCGUGCUGGUCAUCGGGCCGGUUUUCAUGCGCAACCGCAAGCCGUACAAUAUCAAAAAAGUGAUUUUAAUCUAUAAUUUUCUACAAGUACUCGCCAAUUGCUUGCUGUGCUACGUGAUGAUCGUCACGUUCUAUACGCACCGUGCGGAAGUGCCCGAUUUCGGUUGUCUAGCCAAAUAUCCUAACUCACCGACGCUGCAGAAGCUCAACUUACGCGGACUCUACGCUUUUUACCUCUUGAAAGUGAUCGAUUAUGUGGAGACGAUCUUCUUUGUGCUGCGCAAAAGCUUCAAGCAGGUGUCCUUCCUGCACGUUUACCAUCACAUAAUGAUGAGCACCUUCAACUACUAUCUGGCCACCUAUUAUGGCGGUGUGGGCCAAUACGCCAGCGUCGUUAUAAUGAAUUGUGCGGUGCAUGGUUUCAUGUACACGUAUUACUUCAUGUCGGCGCUGAAUAUGAAAACGGGUUUGUGGUGGAAGAAAUACAUCACAAGAUUGCAGCUGACGCAUUUCGUACUGGUUCUACUGCAUCACUCCUAUCCGUUGAUCUUUCGGCCGCAAUGUGAGUUUCCCAAGGGCUUGCUGUGGUUUGCUGUCUUUCAAUCUUUCGUAAUGUUGUAUUUAUUUGGCAAAUUCUAUGUACGCACAUAUUUACGGAAGGGACAAAAAGCUGUUGCAUCUGACAAGGGCGACAAAAUGAUUAAAACGAAUUAAAAAUAUUGCAAAGUAUUCGGUUUGGAAGAGAAUUGUAUUUGAAAAAAUAUACAACCGAGUAAUUUGAAGCUCAAAAAUAAAACCAA